ACCCAAGGACACAUUUCAAGGUCUAAGGGUCUUUGAAAGUUCCCAGGGUCCCCAUGAGGGCUAUGUUUGCCCUCAAUAACAUUCCAGGACUCCUUGAAGAGGAUUCCAGGAUCACUGUGAGGGUUCAGUAGUGUGAAAUGGUUCCGUCAGAGUUCAGAGUUUGAAUCGGCCCAAAAAGUUGCCGGGAUGGUGAGCUGUGUUUCCGGUGGAUGAGACGGCGGCAGCAGCUGUGAGGAGUGAGUCCUCUGUCAGAGCGGAGAGGAUCUCUGGCUGCAGGUUGCAGUGUGUGAGAGCAGAGUCCGGAGGAGACACCGUCCAGGUCCAGAGCUCAGCCCGCGGCUUGUCGGACUCUUCCUCUGCAGCUUCAGAGCCCUCAGACUGUGACCAUGAAGGAUCAGAACUUUAAAGAGGAGGUGGUGAAGAUUCUGGAAGAAGCUCCUAACUCCAGAAAAGCUCUGCUGGAAAACUAUGACAACCUGCUGAAACUGGCCAACUACUGCCACGAAAACUACCUGCAGUCAGGUGACGGCAACGCGAAGGCAUUGGAGGAAACGAAAAACUUCACCACCCAAUCACUGGCCAGCAUUGCCUACCAGAUCAGCACUCUGGCCAAUAGCGUACUGAGUCUGUUCGACGCUCAGACCAAUCAGCUUCGUCACAUGGAGUCCUCCAUCAACCUCAUUGCUCAGACGGUGGAGAUGCAUAAAGAGAAAGUUUCUCGGAGAGAGAUCGGCGUUUUCACGGCGGUGAGACGAGUCUCACGCGGCCACAAGAUCCUCCCUCCUUCUCAACCUCCUGCAGGUACGCAGCCCCGCCCACCUUACAGCCGCCGACCAAUCAACUACCAGCAGCUGGAUGGCGUGGGCCACGGCAUGAAGGUCUCUGGGAAACAGUCGGACAGAACAGGAACGAUCCGUAAACAUGGAGCUUCCAUCAGGUCCAUCAAACCUCCAGAGCCCGUCCAGUGUCCAGUGGCGCCCCCUGUCAGCGGCUCCAGUUUUGGGAAACCUGUAGCUCCGCCCACUAUCCCCACGACCUGGCAGGCUCCACCUGAGUGUGACAUCAUCACCAGUCUGCUGGAUGAUACCCUACCUCCUCCUGCAAUGAAUGAAGUGUUGGCUCAGGAUGAUGAGGUCAUGAACACCUCUGUCCCGCCUCCUCCGCCUCCUCCACCUGAUUUGUCAGGAGCGAUGGUGCCCCCACCCCCUCCCCCUCCUCCUCCCCCUCCCCCUCCCUCAGAGGCUCUGACCAAUCAUAGCGCUCCAUCACCUGCCCCACCCCCAGCCCCACCCCUCAGCCUUGAGACGGUGGUGGAGGAGAACAUCUUCCCCUCUCCCCUCCUCCCCCCCCCCCCUCCCCCUCCUCCCUCCGAUGAUGAUGGAUUCCCUCCGCUGUCCAAUGACAGCACAGAGCUGCCAGCCCCACCCCCUCUACCCCCACCUACCCAGGAAGUUGACGUGACCCUCCUGUCUCGGAGGAGUCGCCGCCGUCGCUCGCCCCCUACCACUCGCUCUCUUUCUCUGAGGGUCUGCUCUGGCCCCGCCUCCCGCUGCCGCUACACCCGCUCUCUCUUCCUGCCUGCUGUCCAAUCAUUGAUGAUCCCCCCUCCUCCCCCCUACCCUCCCCCCUGUGCUCCUCACUCUGCCCCCUCUUUCACCCUGCUCCCUCGCUCCUCCUCUUCCUCACCUCGACUCUGCUUACCUGCUCGCCUCGAACACCUGGAUCUGGAGAUCCCAGCCCCUCCCCCUCCCCUCUUUUUGGACAGUGAGGGUGGAUUUGAUGACAUCAUGCCACCCCUCCCUCCCCCAGUGGACUACGACACCAGCGCCCCCCCGAACUACCUGGAGAAAGUGGUGGCGCUGUACACCUACGAGGCCUCGAAACCCGAUGACCUGUCCCUCACUGAGGGUGACAUCAUCUAUGUGACGCAUCGUCAUAACAACGGCUGGUGUCAGGGGUCCCUCAAUGGAAACCAAGGCUUCUUCCCAGAAAGCUAUGUCCAAUCAUGUGACUAGAUUAAGGCCCCACCCUCGCUCUUUCUAACGAGACGUCACCAUCAGUGUUACCUCCUGUCCACUGCUACCACCCCGAGGUAAAGCACAGGAACUACAACACCAGGAUCAGACUUUUCGCGUUUGUUUUAAGAAUCUUUAAAAGGUUUAUUACGAUAAUUUAAGACUUUAUUAAAAACCAAACCACAGUUACUAAAUUUGUAUUAUUUCGUUUUUAUUCAGUAAUACAUCAUUGUAAAUAACAACACAACAACCUGUUUUCCUUCCCCUUUAUCACUCACCUGUUCUCACCCAUCACGCCCUGGAUCCUAACACCACCGGGCGUGGCUCCUCCUUACAAGACAAAUAAUACAAAAUUUAGAUGAAGUGAAUUAACUGAAAUAAACGUUGGAGGAAAAGAAGAAAGCACAAUCAGGUUCCACAUAUUAAUAAUGAUGAAGAACAUAAACCAAACUCAAACUCUGUAAAAGAAGGAUUAUUCUCUGUUUAUGACAACAAUUAAAAACAAACGUUUUAUAUGUUCCAACACCGAGGUCCAAUUUACAAUCAUACAAAAAUAAAUGUACGUUCCCUUCUACAGGGGAAAAUACAAUAAAAUACAAAGACUGAAAACCUGAAAAUGAAAAACUCGGUUCCUCUGUAUUUAAACUGAAGUAACAUAUGAAAUGCAGUAUUUAUCCAGUGUGUUGCUGAUUGGUGGAGCUGUGUGCUUGUUAGGCUGAACUGAGGGAAAAAAGCCUGAGGCUGCCCCCUGCAGGUCACAGAUACAAACUACAGAUGUCAAACUGUGAAACUGUAACAAAUGUCAGUUUAUUUAGGCUUUAAUUCUUUAAUUCACCAAACAUGAUGAUGUUUUAUUGAAAUGACACAAGAAGUUGUGCUGUGUUGUGUAAUUCAAUGCUUUUACUGUUUAUUAGUGAAACAGCAGUGAUGAUCAGUAAACAUCAUCAUCAUUUCCUCAGAUGAUCAAUAAAUGAAUCAAUAUGUGAA